CACCACCUCGACUUUUGAUAUCCAAACACCCAUCGAAAACCCAAAGAACUCUGUCGCACUCGUUAAACCCACCAUCUCUACAUACACGAUGGCGGAAGGCAACGACAAGAGCUCAAACCCCAUGCGGGAGUUGCGCAUCGACAAGCUCGUCCUGAACAUUUCAGUCGGCGAGUCUGGCGAUCGUCUCACCCGUGCAGCAAAGGUGUUGGAACAACUGUCUGGUCAAACUCCUGUCUACAGCAAGGCUCGCUACACCGUCCGAUCCUUCGGUAUCCGUCGUAACGAAAAGAUCGCCGUGCACGUCACGGUCCGAGGACCCAAGGCCGAGGAGAUCCUCGAGCGAGGCCUCAAGGUCAAGGAAUACGAACUCCGCCGCAAGAACUUCAGCGAGACCGGCAACUUUGGUUUCGGCAUCUCGGAACACAUCGACUUGGGUAUCAAGUACGACCCCGCCAUCGGUAUCUACGGUAUGGACUUCUACUGCUGCAUGUCGCGACCCGGUGCGAGAGUCGCCAGACGGCGACGUGCGAAGGCGAAGGUCGGCCGAAGCCACAAGGUCGGCAAGGACGACACUGUCAAAUGGUUCAAGACUCGAUUCGAGGGUAUCGUGCGAUAGAUGAAUCCCCGCCGGGCACCGUCGAGGAGGGGAGAUGGAGAAAAAAAAUGAGCCGUUGAUCACCGCCGUUUUUGAAGCAUCAAGAUCGACUUGCCCACCGAGGAGAAAGAAGAUGAUGGUUCAAGUCGAUGGAGAGAGAACUGGAGGCAUAGGUCCGCCGCCGCGUUGUGGUCCAGACUUUCACGAACCCAAAAAAGGCACAUGCCCGCCAAAUUAGGUCUGGCCCUGGGAAUGGGAAGAUCAAGAAUAGCUUUCUACCUGCAACAGAUCAUGUGCAUGCAUAUCCUAAAUCCGCAAUGACAAAAAAAGGCACCAAGACAAUCUCUUCAUAUAUGCUUUCUGUUAUGGUUAACUGUAAAUCUG